UAUUUUUCAGCCUGAUGCAUAUAAUGGGUACAUCCAUUGAACUGUGCCACAUCCACUGAACUGUGUCAUUCUUUAAUCUAUAAUUUGGAAAAUGACAAGCAUGAACUUUAACAUCUAGUCUGUGGAACGCUAUGCUUUAAAUCUCACCUUUAUAACCUUCUUGAUUCGAGAGUCUGGACAAUAUUUACUUAAUCGUGUUAAUGCUUUUUUUUUUGCAUUUGCGUUGCUACAUUUCCAAGUGCAGAUGAUAAUUUUGUCCUAAAUGUAAAUUUGACAUUUUUGAAAUGGAAAUGAAUGGGAGAGCCAUUUUAGAAGAGAGGAGGGGAAACUAAUGGUGUCACGGAGGAGGCACCGAGCCUCCUGCUUAUUAACUGCACUUCACAUCAUUCAGUACAUAAAUAUCAGGUGCCUGGGAAGCACCGCGGAAAGGAUCUGUUCAUCAGGGGAAGGCAGUUCAGCACCUGGACAGCUCCACUGCUUGACUUGCUGCUGCCGCACCUCCUUGUUGUAAUCGCAGCUGGGAAGAAGUAAUCGCGCAGACUGAGUGUGACAGCGCUGGGAUCGCCCCGCUAUAGCAUGAACCCCCAAUAACUAAAACUACGGGACCUGGGAGCAUCGGGGGGCUCUCGUUUCCUCCCGACCGAUUUCAUCGAUUUGUUUUUCUACGACUCCACUAUCCACUCGAGAUAAUUGUAUAGAGGUGUUGACUUUUCUUCCCCACCAAAGACACGAUGCGUGGGGACAAAGUUAACUAACAGGCAGCUCUGUGCUUAUUGGGAAGUUGGAUGAACUUCAUUUAUCAUAUACUAUUUAUUGCUCCGCAGGCUCCCGUUUAGCCGCUGCCCAAGGAAAGUGCUUGUAAUGCUAAGGCUGAAGAAACGCUAAGUCGCGAAGUUCAGGUUAAACAUCCGAUGCAAAUCAUGUAAAUGAGAAAUCUGCUACGGUUCGACUGGUUGCAUCACUCAGCAGGGCUCUAAUAGCUCCAGGAAAAGCCAAGCUUUCCAUAAGGGAUGGUAUAGAGUUUGAUGUUAUUAGCGGGGGAUACCCCAAUGUGCCCGCAGCUUACACAGAUGCUUUCACGGUCCGGGGGUCUCCCAGCCUUGGCAGCGCAGCUCUCUCUCUAAAGUGGCAACUGUGGGCUCUGGUGCGACUGCAGUAUGAUUAUAUGUAACAUCAGUGCGAUAAAAGACUGGGGCUCUUUUCUGUCUCAGAUCCUGCCCAGAGUCAACAAAACCCUGCGUUUGGUUCAUCAAGGUAUAAACACUGUGGAAGCAACAACCAGCUCGAUGGUGAGUGUCUUACAGGAGCCGGAGCAGACGAGCUACCUUCCCCAUACCGAACCCAUGAAUGCCACUAAUUUCACCACUGGGCUGGAUCACCUCAUCCACUAUUCUUAUUCGGAAUCGGAAGAGGACCAGUUGUACAAGGACUACAAACCGCCUCCCAAGGAACCAGUGCCCUUGCCCAAGGCUGUGCUCUACCUCUUGAUGGCUGCCUUGGUGAUGGUGGCAGUGGCAUAUGCUAUUGUUGGCCAUAUUAUCAAGGAUCUUAUUCAUGACUUUAUAGAUUGGAUAUUUGGCUCCAGCCCAGAAGUCAAAGGCAACAAAUCAGACAUCAACUGUAUCAGCCAAAGUGUGAAUGAGACGACCGAGAAUCCAGAUCUCUCCUUGUCCUCGUUACAUCAAGAGCAAUUGCCCUCCCAUUCUGGAGACUUUCUUAUCUGCAUGGAUGAGAUUUCCCACAUAUCCCAGCAAACAUAAUAGUCCUCAAGGUUAUUCCUUUGUACAUUCCUGAAGAGCUGGUUUAUUUAUGGUGAGAGGGGGAACAAUAGUGGGACUGAGAACUUCUAAUUUUUUUGAACACAAACAUUUUUAGGCACACAUCUUGUGUAUUAAAAAGAAGCACUCUGAAUUUCCUAAGAAGAGCAAUUGUUGCUAGAAUAUUUGCUAGAGUAUUUUGCUAGAAACAAGAACCCUGUGGGCAGAAUGAUACAUACGUGUUCCUUCUUAAACACAUCUAAGUGGCAUGGAAACGGAGGAUGUUGGAAACAAUGCCUUGGCCUGACUAUAUUAUGACUAUACUUGUCAAACCGUUCUACAUCCAGGAACGUACAAUAGUACAGUAUACCUGCUGCUAUUUUGUAAGACUGUCCAUCAAUUCCAACAUCAACGUUAUUUUAUAAUAUUUUUACCUGAAGUGUACACUUGACAGCUAUCUCUGGGCUUACACAGAUAGCAGACUGCAAAGAAGAAUUUUUAACAGGACAAUUGAGAUGCAUUCACUACAAGGGAAAUGUCAUUUCAUUGGUUUGUUAGUGGUACAGUAAGUUCCUGGGCUGUUACAGUUGAACUACAAAGCAACUGCAACAAGGUAAACACGCUGUCUAGAUGUAAUGACAGGUUUAUUGUACCAAGACAAAAAGGGACAUGGCAUAUUUUUAAGUGAUAGACUAUUGACAUGUACAUUGUAAUCUUAGCAUAAAAACACUAAAGAAGGAUAGUGUUUUUUUAGAUACAAAAAUACAGAAUCUGUAUUGUAUUUUGUUACUUGUACACUGGUUUAAGCUAUUACUCCCUAAUGUGAGAGUUAAUUCCUUUUCCUUAUACCCAAAAUGUACUGUAAAUAGAACAAUAGGAUAAUUCUGAAAACUAUUUAUCCUAUAAGCAACCAUGACAAAAGGUUUAGGGGAGGUAUUAUAUAAGCCCCUGCUUGUUUCUGGCAGUAGUGUGUUUAAAGCUAUUGAUAGAGCUUCUUUCCUCUAGUAUUUAAUUGAUGCCCUUCCUAUUAUUUUUAUACUUCUAUAGUGUUCCUUUUUGUUUAGAUAUUAACUAGGCCUGAACAAAAGUUGAACCACAAAGAGGGCUUGAAUUUAAAAUGCCUGGAAACCUCUAAUUUAAGUAUAAUGUUAUUAAUAAAACUUUAAAGAGUUUUGGGUCUACUAUUGAUACUUUAGUUGCAUCUGUAGCACAUUUACUAUGGGGACAUUACACUACAACCCCAGGAGCAGGUCUAGAGCACUAAGGGACAUAAGGGACACCCUCUUAUUUAAACACAUUUGUGUCAAGGGACUGUCUGUAAUUAUGGGCGAAAUAAUUUGGCAGGCAUGGAUUUGCGGUGGAUUUCUGUGUUUCGCCAUUGGCAGAUUUUUUCUGCGAA